AUGAGACCCCAACGAGAAUACCAUAUUGUUGUCUUAGGUGCCGGAGGCGUCGGAAAGAGCUGCUUAACGGCACAAUUCGUGCAAAAUGUUUGGAUCGAAAGCUACGACCCGACAAUUGAAGAUUCAUAUCGGAAGCAAAUUGAGGUAGAUGGACGCCAAUGCAUACUAGAGAUUCUGGACACGGCGGGAACAGAACAGUUCACGGCCAUGAGAGAGCUUUAUAUGAAACAGGGCCAGGGUUUCCUCCUUGUUUUCUCCAUCACUAGCAUGUCAUCAUUGAACGAGCUGUCCGAACUUCGGGAGCAAAUAAUCCGUAUUAAGGAUGACGAAAAAGUCCCACUGGUAAUCGUCGGCAACAAAUCCGACCUCGAAGAAGACCGCGCUGUACCCCGCGCUCGUGCUUUCGGCUUGUCUCAGAGCUGGGGCAAUGCGCCAUACUACGAAACAUCAGCUCGUCGCCGUGCAAACGUCAAUGAGGUCUUCGUCGAUCUCUGUCGCCAAAUCAUUCGAAAGGAUUUGCAGGGCUCAGGGCCUCACGGCGACUCUGCCCGUAGGCGUGAAGGGAGCGGUAGCGCUCGCUAUGACCGCAAGAACCCUGGCAGGUCGCAGCGCCGCAAGUCUCCGUGUGUCAUCCUGUAG